GAAGUGCUCGAUAAAUCCAGCCUCAGCCUGCAAAGUGCGUCACUGAGCUGAGCUGUUGAGAAUUAACACUCCAGUUCAACCGUUUGGCACAGGCGCUCAACGCCCGUUUCUUUCUUCCUUUUAGAAUACAACGUGCUUGUGGCGCGAUGGUAAAGAUCGCUUUCAACCCGGCUCUGGCGCAGAAAGCUCUCGUCAAGGAGCCUAUUGUGAAGGACCCCGAGCUCGCCGCUGCUCCGGUGGGCAUCGCAGGCUCCACAGGUCGUUGUUUGGUCACGCUGCUGGGUAUCGCCUUCAUCCUAAGUGGACUCAUCGUCGGGGGAGCAUGUCUCUAUCGCUAUUUUACUCCGAAGAGGCUGUAUCACGGUACCAUGCAGUUCAGCGACAUGUCAACCGUUGGCGAUGCAGAGAGACAGCCUUACUAUCUCCCACGGGUGGAGGAAGAGGUAGAAAUUACUGACAGCAUGGCUGUCAUCAGCGUCCCACCUCCCCGUUUCAGGCCCGGAGAACCCGCUUACAUCCUCCAUGACUUCAACAGGAAGCUGACUGCAUAUUUGGAUUUGACUCUGAGGACGUGCUUUGUGAUUCCGCUUAAUACGUCGGUGGUGCUGCCUCCUCAAGACCUCAUUGACCUCUUCUCACAGCUGAUGUCUGGCUCGUACCACAGCUACCUGGUGCAAGAGGACCUUGUGGUGACCGAGCGCAUUGAUGACAUCAAGCCUCUUGGCUUCUACAUCCGCAGACUGUGCGCUGGGAAAGAAACCUACAGAAUGGAGCGCCGUGCCAGCCUACCAGAUGGAGGCAUCCAGAAGCGCUCAGCAGAGGAGUGCCUCACCUUCCAUCACUUUGAAAACAAGUUUGUAACGGAGACUCGGAUCUGCAAGGCUUGAUGGGAGCGUGGUCCGAAUGCGAUGGCGAUAGCCCGAGCAACGGAAGCGGAGAGGAGUUGGUCGGAGUAGGAGGCAGAAGAAACCAUGUUCAACUGAAAAGUUACAGUCAUUAUUUCAAUGCAGCUCCAGAUUUUGGUUUGCAUUCCCCGCUUUAACCCUCAGUGAUGUGUUUUAGUCUCCUCUGCUACAGUCCCUUAAACCUUUUAUUUGUCUUAUCUUUCAGCUACUAGGCUGUAGUGUUGUGCUACAAAAAAACUGAAUCAUCCAGUUAACUGAAGAUUUACAAAACCUUUGAUUCCUCUUUUUAGUGUCUGUAGCUGUCUCCAACCUCCUUGUUAGGCUUCAUAUUUUCAACAUCUACAUUACAGUAUACAAGUACGUGCUGGCCUGCAGCUCCACUGUCACACACGUUCAGAAAGAGUCGUAGAACAGCUUUUGUCUACUCAUGAGAUGUACAGUUUCCUGUUGUGGGUUAUGUUAUGUGGUAGUAUGAUAGCACCCAUCACCUUGGAAAUGCUGCAGUGUCGGCCGUCUUUACUUAGAAGCGCAAACCCCUAAGCCACUUCCCUAAAGUCUCUGUUGUCCUGCGUAAUAUAAUGUUUAUUUAAUGAGAACGUACGUGAGAACAGUGUAGCUCUUUAUGUGACCCUGUGUGUUUAACUUCAUUUGUGUUUAAAGUUAUCAACAUCCAAGCAUAUAGUUUAUGGUGAUAAUUUCAGUUCUUAUUUGUGUUGUAAAAUGGUGGGAAAAAAAUAUAAUUGUGUUCAUUUUUUCCCCCAAAUAUUAUUUGUUUUGAAUUUCUCACAAAAAUACUAUUUUUAAAGACAAGUACAGUAUGCUUUUUACUGUUGCCCUGGACUGUGGGAGUAAGAGGUCCCGGCUAUUUUCAAUCAAUGGUGUCCUAUGAUGCCUGUCCAGAAAGACAAUCAAACAUGAAAUGUGCUUCGAAACGCUUGGCCAUGUUUUUAACGUAAUACAUGAAUAUUAGAUCCACGUGUACAGCCAUUGAACUGAUCUCAAUUUGUUUGGUGAUUAAAGAUGAAUUUAACAUUCA